AUGUUGGAUGUUAAUACUCCUCUUUCUGCUACACCAAAUAAAAUAGUAGCUCCUUCAAAUAGUAACGCAACUUCUGCAAAUAAUAGCUCAGAAAACCUUGAUUCAACCAUAUCCGCUGAUCAAGAAUAUAAGGAUAUUGCAUUAAAAUUAUUCAAUGAAGAAUUUGUUUCCAUUCAACCAGAAGAAUAUACUCAAUUUUUAGCUGCUAGUGAUAAUGAAAGUUCAAGAAUAAGAGAAUAUUAUAUGGAUUUAUUUAAAUGGGAUUCAAAUUUAUUAAAAUCAACUAGAACAUUAUGCCAUAAAUUAUACUUAAAAGGUGAAUCUCAAGAAAUCGAUAGAAUAUUAUCUUCUUUCACAAAAUCUUAUAUUAAACAACAUCCAGUUAACGUUUUUUGUACAAGAAAUUUUGAAAAAAUUUAUAUUGUUUUAUACAGUUUAAUUUUAUUAAAUACUGCUUUACAUAAUUCUGAAGUUAACAAAAAAUCAAAAAUUGGUCAAACUGAUUAUAUUAGAAAUACCUUCACUACUUUUAUUCAACAAAAUCCAAAAUCUCUGAAAAAAUUAUCAAUUAAACAAAGAAUUAUUAUUGAAAGAGAAUUAAGUAAUUAUUAUGAAGAUUUAUCGAAAAAUGAAUUACAUUUGAAAAAAUCAGAUGAUUUCAAUAAUGGUAAUGAAUCAACCUCUUCAAAUACUCAAUCUUCUCAACCUUCAAAUACUUCUUCAACCGCUGCUGCAGUUAAUUCAAUCUCUUCUAAUCCUCCAAACCAACAAUUGGCUUCAAAUAAUAAUUUUGCUAAUUCUCUGCCUCAAACUAUUAAUGCUCCUCCUUCAACUCAAGCUGCUAAUCCUGAUUUUAGUACUCCAACUGAAUCAGAAUUCCCAACUCUUACUAGACAACUUUCUGAUACUUCUAUUUGGUCAACUGAUACUAAUAAUAAUCGUCGUUCAUCUCUUGGUAUGAAACGUAUGCCAAGUGCUACUUCAAAUGUUUCUCAAUAUACUGCAGUUAAUACAAAUAAUUCAACUGCCAGUGGCAGAACUCAUAGAGUUGGUUUUACUAGAGCAUUAGCUUCUGAUAAUAAAUUUUAUAAUAAUCCAAAUGCUUCAAGAGCUUCAAGUGUCAAUGGUACUCCUUAUUCUUUAAGAAACAGACAUUCUUUGGAUCAAUUACGUGGCAUGCCAAGUUAUCAAAAUACUAAUUAUAAUAACACUCCAACUCAACCAAAUAAUACAACCAAUAAUGGAUUAAAUAGAAGAUCUUCUCGUGCUUCAGUUAUAAGUAAAGAAUCAGUUGGAUCAAUCAAUAAUGAUGAUACUGUUAGUGUAUUAUCUUUUGACACAGUUCAUAUGAAUAACUUUGACAUUGAAGGCUUGGAUGAUAGAAAUAAGGAACCAGAACCUCAACAAGGUUUAGAAGAUUUUAAUGUCGAAGAUUACCAAGAUCAUUAUGAUCUCACUCUAGAAUUACAAGGUUCUCCUUAUUUGAAAGAAGGUUUAUUAAAAUUGAAAAUUUUAAAUAAUGACCAACAAGAUUCAAAUGUUAGAUCUUCAAACAAUAAUCAUAAACAAGACGCAAAUGCUACUUCAGCAGCAGCAGCAGCAGCCGCAAAUGCUGCUACUUCAACUCAUACUGGUACUAACACCUCUUCAUUAUUACCUAACAAGUUUAAUGAAAGUUUUGUUGUUGUUUCCAAAGGUGAAUUAGCAUUAUAUUCAUUUGAUCCUAAAGUUAUUAAAAAACACCAACAAAAGAUUAGAAAAUUAAAACAAAAACAAAUUGUACAAAUGUUAGAAGAGGAAGAAGAUGAAGAUGGUGUUAUGGGUGAUGGUAAUUGGUUAAAGAAUGCUGCAAAUAUUGGUUCUUAUAAUUUAUGUUCAACUUAUGCUCAAUUAGAAAAAAUCAAUGGAAAUACAACUGGUAAUUCUUUUGCUAAAAAAUCUAUUUAUUGGUCAUUAACUUUCCCCAAAGUUAGUAAGAAACAACCUAAGAAAUUUAUUUUCGAAGCUGGUACUAAAGAAAUUGCAUUAGAAUUUAUAAAUACUUGUAAUUUUUGGGCUUCUAAAAUAACAGCUAUCCCAACUUUAGAGGAAAGUAUUUCGUCAAUUGAAUAUGGUUGGACUAAUUUAGAUGCAUUAAUUCAUAGAAAAGAUAAUUUUAAAAAGGCCAAAUAUAUUCAAAAAUGGGAACCAUUAGCAAGAGGGGUAUAUUUAAGUAAUUACAUUGUUGCAAAUAGCUCAUUAGAUAAUGAAGCUAAUCAUUUAGGUAUGAUGAAACAAUUUGUUAAAACUUUAAAAUAUUAUAACAAUUUGAAAAAGUUAUAUAAUGAGUUUAAUCAUACUAAGGUUAAAUUUUUGAGAAAUUUUAAACAAUUUGCUAAUACUUCAAAUUAUAAAAUAAUAAUUGCUAAUUAUGAAAAUAAAAUUAUUGAGUAUAAAUCAGAAUUAAAUAAGUAUAAAACAUAUUUAAUUAUUUUAGGAUUUGGUUUACAAUUAAGAUUUGAUUUAGAACAACAAGAUAGAGAAGCAGCUAUUUUAGAUCAAUUAGAAAAUGAUCCUACUUUAAAAGAAGAAGGUAAGGAUAUUAAUGAAGAAGCUACCAAAUUAUUCAUUGCUCAAUAUGAACAAGAUUCAGAAUUAACUCAACUUGUUAAAUUUGAGAUUAGAAAAUUAUUCACAAGUAUGAAAGACGUUAGUAAAGUUAUCCCAACUUUCCAAUCAAGUAGAUCAAUUAAUAACUUGAUUGAAUUAACAAAACAACAACAACAUCAAUACGCUUAUUAUCCAAUGAAAUCUCCCAAAACUUUUACAUUAUCAAACUAUAAUGAUAAUGAAAGUCCAAUAAACCAAUUGUUGCAAACCAUUGAUAGCAAUAACCAUCUUCAUUCAGGAGAUAAAAAUGAUUUAAUGCAUAGUUUCAGUACUAAUACCAUCAAAGAAGAAGAAGAACCUGAAGAAUCCGAUGAUACCAAAACUGCAAAUGACUACACUAUUUCCACCAAAAACAAUCCAUCUGGAGAAACUUUACAACCAUCUCAUGUUUUAAAAUAA